GUGGUACAGAGGGAGGAGGGAGAUUUCAGAUUGGGUGUGAAGAUAGAUAGAGGAACAACCAAGCGGUUCCUUUUCAUUUUGACCCGUGCCGGUGACUGACAGCUCUGACUUUACUGGGAAAGACAGAAUUCCGGCGACAAAAAACGUAGUUUUGCUGAAAGCUUAAAACAGAAAUGGUGUCUUUGCUUAACUCAUCAAUCAAUCUCACGUUGUUGCCAAAUGCAUCCACUCAGCUAGGUCUUUAUAGGCAUGGACAGUUCCGAAGAAACGUGAUCUUUUAUGUGAGGUCAGAACAAGUUCCUUCAGCGUCAAACUCUCCUUGCCAAGAUAGCCUUGCUAGACGCCAGCUGCUUGCUACUGGGGUAACAAUUGCCUCGUGUUUCUUGUUGUCCCGCCGUACAACAUCGUUUGCUGCCGAAACAAAGAAAGGAUUUCUGUCUGUCACGGAUAAGAAGGAUGGAUAUACCUUUUUGUAUCCCUUUGGGUGGCAGGAGGUAGUCGUUGAAGGUCAAGACAAGGUCUUCAAAGAUGUUAUUGAACCUCUAGAAAGUGUUAGUGUAAAUUUAAUCCCAACAAGCAAAACCGAUAUCCGUGAUUUUGGACCCCCACAACAGAUUGCUGAAACUCUAAUAAAAAAGGUCUUGGCAUCUCCUACUCAAAAGACAAAGCUUAUUGAAGCAUCAGAGGUGAGAUUUUUUUAGUUGUCUUUUUAUUCU